AUGGCAGACGAUCACGAUACUUGCUCUACGAGCUCGCAUCCCAUUGUCCGCUCCGACUCAUCCACAUCAACCGCUCCUUCCGACCAUAACGAGCCCAUCAUUCACCAGCCCAUCCCGACUCGUCCACGUUUGCCGAGCCGCAAGAGCAGCGGGCCGCUCGUUGUUCCCCGUGAUAGCUCAGAAGUCGGCCCCGUCGACUCGCACUUUGGUCCCGACGACGUCCGCGCCAUGAGCCCUCGACGAACCAGCGAAGACAUUGACAAGCUCGGCAAAGAAGCUCGUGAAGAGCUGCAUCGACACGCCAAAGCUCUGCAAGAAUCGCUCAUUGAUAUCUUUAACCGCAUAGAGGCUGUUCGUGAAGAGCACGACAAGCUCGACAGUAACAACAAGUUCCUGCAAAAGUACAUUGGCGACCUCAUGAGCACCAGCAAGAUUACAGCCUCCACCAGUCGAGCCAAGAAAUAG